AUGUACCCCAACCCUCAGUCGGUGAGACACCCGGCUCAGGCGCUGCCCCUGAACAGUCAGUACAUCUCACCUUCGUAUGACUUCGCCGGGUAUCAUCAUCACGUCUCUGGAGUCGGUGACUUGUCAGCCAGCGCCUGGAGCUCCGUGUACGGCACCCGGGAGGAGUAUCCGUACAGCUUCGCGGGUUCGAGCCCCAGCGCCCCCCAGAUCCCCUUUACCGCUCCGGAACUGAGCGGGACCCCUUCUGCAGCUGGCGAGGGGUCCUUCACCCCGUACAGCUUCAUCCCCGGGCAGGACCACUUCAGCUCCAGGAGGAGGCCCCAUGACUCCACCAGACAGGCACUUUCAGGAGGGAAGACUCGCACUAAAGACAAGUACAGGGUUGUGUACACUGACCACCAACGGAUGGAGCUGGAGAAGGAGUUUCAGUACAACCGCUACAUCACCAUGAGGAGGAAGUCGGAGCUGUCAGUGGCACUCAGCCUCUCUGAGAGACAGGUGAAGAUCUGGUUUCAAAACCGCCGUGCCAAAGAGAGGAAGAUCACCAAGAAGAGGCUGCAGCAAUCCCAGCAGGCUUCCACAACUACUCCUACUCCACCAGUGCUGGGUGGAGUCGCCGACGCCCACCACACCACCAGCCCCAGGAGCGACGUUUUGUCAGAUAUAAAAUCAGAGGAAUACUAGGUGGAUCUCACAUUGAGGACUGAUACAGUACCUGAUAUGUAAAUAGUGUUUGUUUUUGUUGUUUUUUUACCACAGAAUGAAUGAAGGUGAUUCACAUUGACAUGGUGUUUUAAUGCUGCACCUCGUCCACUUUACAAAGACAAGCACCACAUGUCUGUCACACUGAUCAUGUUUAGCAGACAUUUACCAAUCACUGAGUUACUGUAAAUCAUUUUCAACAUCACGCUACAGUUUAAAGUGUUACCAAUGAAGAGCAUGUGUCAACUUUAAGAACUGUUAAGGACAGUGAAAUGUCCCCUUUAGAACUUCCCUCUAUAAUGUAAAGAGGGAAAGAUGCUGAAAUUUCUCAAACUGUUGCUGAAAAGAGCAACAGUGCACAUUAAGGUGUAGUCAAGUUUCUGCUACUUGAGUAAGAGAAGAAGAUUAGCGUGUCUUUCUCUCUCUCUAUUUGCGCUGUGCAUGGGGGAAUAUGUAGGAAAUAAAUAGGAAUAAUGCAGAUCCAGUUAUAUCAAAACAUAGCCCCACCUAUUACUUACUUUGUUAGGGAAGUAAAAUGGCACUAAUGUGUGCGUUUAUGGCAACUUGCAUUUGCAGGAAAUCGAAACAGAGUGUGUUUCUGGUAAUGAAAGAAGGGAAGAAAUCAUAAACAAUGGUUUUAAAGUUCUAUCUGUUGAAAUAUUGAUGUAGGAUAUGUCAUGGAAAUGUAUCAUUCAAAAACUGUGCACCAAUGGGUUUCAGCUCAGAAGGCAGCUGUAUAUAGCAUAAGUGAUGGGGUGAAAGCACAGAAAUGAUAACAAAUACUAAGAAACAGCAAGGGGACUUUGACUUAAAAGUAUUUUUUUUUAUUUUGGUUUUAGCUACAACACUGUGAUAACAACAAAAAUAAAAAAAAAAAAAAAAAAAAAACAGAA